AUGGCGGCACCGGCACUGGAGCUUCCCCUGGGACUGCCAAGAACCGUGGUUCUGAAGAGCAAGUACAACGGCAAGUACAUCCGCUACACAAACGAAGAAAUCACAUUCCAACGCUACCUCCAGGCAACGGCAGAUGCAGCCGCGAGCCCUCUCGCCAAGUUCCACGUGGAGGCCUCCAAGACCUCGACGGACCUGGUCCACAUCCGGUGCGCGUACAGCAACAAGUACUGGGCCGCAGCGUCCAGGGGCAAUCCCUGGAUCGCCGCCGCGGCCGACGGUCCCGAAGAGGACCAGUCCAACUGGUCGUGCACGCUCUUCGAGCCCGUUGUCCUGGCGGAAUCGGACAACAGGGUUUUCCGAUUCCGCCACGUGCAGCUGAACCGGUACGCCACCCUGUUCGACAACAGCGCGUCCCCCCUCCACAACUUCGUGCAAGCUGUGUCGGAACACCCCGACCUCGCGUUCCUCAUGGACGCGUACGAGGUGGUGGAUCGGGAGUCCCUCGUGGUGCUGCCUCAGCUCGCGGCGUUUAAAGGCGGCGACGGGCUCUACAUGCAGCCCUCAGGGGGUACCCUUAUAUUUUACGGCAAGGACAUCGGCGAUGAGUACGUGGAGGAGCUGGUGAUCAAGAGGGAGAUUUACGACGUAGCAUUCCGCGUCCCGGAUGCUAGAAUCUACGACGAGAACAUCAUCGUUGCAGCCACGGGGCACGUCAGGAACGAGGGUCCCAACCUUCUCAACCAGAAGUUGACCAUAAAGUACACAGACACCAAAAGCCACAUGUGGCAGGGCAAUGUGACCCUCAAGCUCGGGGUCAAGAUCACGGUAAAGACCGGCAUCCCGAUGCUUGUGGCGGGAGGGAUCGAGAUUUCCGCGGACGCGUCCAGAUCCACCACCUGGGGCGACACCGAGACCUCGUCCACCGAGGUGACCAGCGAGUACGACGCCGUGGUGAGUCCCCAUACUCUGAUGACGGUGAAUGUGGUGGCGACUCGAGGUGUCUGUGACGUUCCGUUCUCGUACACUCAAAGGGACCUUCGCUUGGAUGGCAUAACCGUUGUUACCUAUCCGGACGACGGACUCUUCACGGGCGUUAACAGCUUCAACUACUAUUACGACACCAAGGAGGAGCCACUCCCCCCUCCGCCUUCCGCAUCAACAACAUCGGAUUGA